AUGGCCGACAUCGCAGCCGCCGGACCUCCCGAGAAGGUCUGGCUGCUUUCCAACGACGGCGUCGUCUCUGAUGUUGACCGAGACGUCAUCGAGCGUUCGGUUCUCAUCAAGAACCUGCUGGGCGACACGGAUGGGAAGUCCACCAAGGAAGCCCCCAUCCCCAUUCUCAACGUCAACCACGCGGUCCUGACCAAGGUCCUUUUGUGGUGUGACCAUCACCGAAACGACCCGCCCCAGGCCCAGGACGACGAGUCCGACGCCCGCAAGAAGAGUACGGACAUCGAAGACUGGGACCAGAAGUUCAUGCAGGUCGAUCAAGAGAUGCUCUUCGAGAUCAUCCUCGCCGCCAACUAUCUCGACAUAAAGCCCCUUCUCGACGUUGGCUGCAAAACCGUCGCCAACAUGAUCAAGGGCAAGUCUCCCGAGGAGAUUCGAAAGACGUUCAACAUCACGAACGACUUCACCCCCGAGGAGGAGGAGCAGAUUCGUCGUGAGAACGAGUGGGCCGAGGACCGAUAA